GUUCCCUUCCGUCGAAAGAUGGCUGCGCACUUAUCUUAUGGCAGAGUCAAUUUAAACAUUUUGAGAGAAGCCGCACGGAAAGAGCUUCGUGAAUUUCUCGACAAAUGUGCUGGGAGCAAGGCUAUUGUCUGGGAUGAGUACCUUACUGGCCCAUUUGGGUUAAUAGCGCAGUAUUCAUUGUUAAAGGAACAUGAAGUGGAAAAAAUGUUCACACUCAAAGGAGGACGGGUGCCCCCUGCUGACGUCAAAAACAUUAUCUUCUUUGUCCGACCGAGACUGGAGUUAAUGGACAUCAUUGCAGAGAAUGUAAUAAGUGAGGAGAAGUUGCCUGCACCACGGGAGGCCCACAUCCUGUUUGUGCCUCGCCGGAGUCUGCUGUGUGAGCAGAGGCUGAAGGAGCAGGGAGUUCUGAACUCCUUCACCAACAUUGACGAGUACAUCCUGGACCUCAUCCCUUAUGAUGGAGACCUGCUUUCCAUGGAGUCUGAGAGCGCCUUCAGGGAGUGUUACCUUGAGAAUGACCAGACAAGCCUGUUUCACACUGCAAAGGGUCUGAUGACACUGCAGGCUCUGUAUGGAACCAUACCGCAGAUCUUUGGCAAAGGAGAGUGUGCAAGGCACGUGGCUAACAUGAUGUUGCGGAUGAAGAGGGAGUUUGCUGGCAGUCAGAAUCAGAUCCUGCCCGUGUUCGACACGCUGCUGCUGCUGGACCGUAACGUGGACCUUCUCACACCACUGGCCACACAACUCACCUACGAGGGUCUCAUCGAUGAGAUCUAUGGCAUCACCAAUGGUUAUGUGAAGCUCCCUCCUGAGAAGUUUGCCCAGAAGAAGCCAGGAGAAGGAGGUAAAGAUCUACCCACAGAGCCCAAGAAGCUGCAGCUGAACUCGGCUGAGGAGCUUUAUGCAGAAAUCCGAGACAAGAACUUCAAUGCUGUAGGGGCAGCCCUGAGCAAAAAAGCCAAGAUAAUCUCUGCAGCGUUUGAGGAACGACAUAAUGCAAAGACCGUCGGGGAGAUUAAGAACUUUGUAUCCCAGCUUCCACACAUGCAGGCUGCUCGGAGCUCGCUGGCCAAUCAUACCUCCGUGGCUGAGCUCAUCAAGGACAUUACCACCUCAGAAUCUUUUUUUGACAAUUUGACGGUUGAGCAAGAGUUUAUGACCGGAGUGGACACAGACAAGAUCAACACGUACAUAGAGGACUGUAUCGCACAGAAGGAUCCACUUAUCAAGAUCCUCCGGCUAGUCUGCAUGCAGUCUGUCUGCAACAAUGGCCUGAAACAGAAAGUGCUUGACUACUACAAGAGGGAGAUUCUGCAGACGUAUGGAUACGAACACAUCCUAACCCUCAACAACCUGGAGAAGGUUGGCUUGCUUAAACCACAGACCACAACAAGGAACAACUAUCCCACCAUCAGAAAAACCCUCAAGCUUUGGAUGGAGGAUGCGAAUGAGCAGAACCCCAAUGACAUCUCGUACGUGUACAGCGGCUAUGCGCCGCUGAGUGUGCGGCUCACCCAGGUGCUGGCCCGGCCGGGCUGGCGGAGCAUCGAGGAGGUGCUGAAGAUGCUGCCUGGCCCACACUUCGAGGAGAGGCAACAGCUUCCGUCUGGGCUCCAUAAAAAACGCCAGCAGGGAGAGAACAGGACCACACUAGUCUUCUUUCUUGGUGGUGUAACAUAUGCAGAGAUCGCUGCUCUCCGCUUCUUGUCUCAAAUGGAGGACGGAGGGACGGAGUACAUCAUCGCCACCACCAAACUCAUCAACGGCACCAGCUGGGUCAAGUCUCUUAUGGACCGACCUGAGGCCCAAAUCCUCUAAAGCUGCCUCACCAGCCAUUUCCGGAGUGGUCCAGUUUAAUUCCUGUCUGUCUGCAGCUUCUAAUGGACUUUAUGAUGGAUCUCUUCAGAUGCUGAAGCGGCCUGCCUUUCAUUCUUUCUUUACAGAUUCUUCAGCAAUUAAUCAUUGUAAAUUCGCAGUGUAGGCACUGUUAACAGCUUGUUUAGUUAUCUGUUGCCACGAUGACUGCUUUAUAGACAUCCUCACAUGUAACUACACAGUAUCUUACCAUCAGCUUUCAGUUACAUUGACCAUUUCAUUGUCAGUCAAGGACAUUUUGUUGGUCACGGUUAUUGUUAUGUUUGAGCUGUUAUGCUGUAGAGCAAAUGAACAGUUUACAGUUCCACAUAUUAAAAAAGAACUGAGAAUUGAAUUUAGUUGCUGAGGAGAUAUAUAUGUAAUAACUAUAUAGUUAUUACAUAUGCUAUUACUUUAGUCACUUAUUGUAUCGAGGUUGUCCUCUUUAAGAUGGCUUUUUUUUUGUAUAGAAUGCCUAUGUGUGUAUAGAUUGUUAUGGUUACUUCCCAUGUAAAUAAAAAGGCACUAACAAAUAA